AUUAUAUUUUAUUAAAGCAAUGAGCACUGUAAAACAAACAAAAUAAGUCUCAGAUAUCUUAGGAAAAAUAUCAGAUUUCUAUAGAACUUAGAGUUUGAACAAAACAGCAACAAAGAAAUUCAACAUAAGCAGAUAAACAAUAAGCAAUAAAAAUUUAUAUUUGUAAUAAUUUGAGAAAAAAUUGGAAGAAGUAACUGCAUUUAAUCCAAGAAAAUCUAUGGUAUUAUCCAAAUUUAAAGAGUAUGAGUAAUAAAAAUAAGAAUAAAAUCAUAAUAAAGAUAUUGCAACGAUUUUAAAGGAAAAAUAAAAAAUACCUAAAACUAGAAUUUGUCGUCAAUAUAUAAAAACUAAAUAAUGUAGAAUGGGAGCAAAUUGUAAAUACGCUCAUUCCAUUAAAGAACUUGAUGUAGAAUAUGCUCCAGUUGCUUGGACAAUUUAAUUUAAUGGAGAUAUUUAAUAAAAAAGGCCAAAAACUAUGGGUGAAUAAAGAUCAUACAGAGUUUUACAAGCUUUUUAGAAAUCGAUGUAAUGA